AUGGCCGAUGACUUGACGGAGCGGCUCAAAAGCCAUGCACGGUCAUUUGAUAGUUUAUUGUCCCUGAUUCCAGCAAAACUAUAUUACGGAGAAGAUGUUAGCGAUCAAUGGAAAAGAAAAAAGCAGACUCCGGAGCAGAAGCGGGCGGCAAAAAUGGCCAAACUGGACCCCGACAAUUGGAAAAGUGCCAAAGAUAUCAUGGAUGAAAGGGAGGCAGCCGCAGCCUUGAAGCGGAAACGAGACACAGAAGAAGAGGAGCCUGAUGGGAGCCCAACCCCGGCCGAAGGUAGCGAGAUGGAACAACCCAAGGCUAUCCAGGAUGCACAAGCACAAGCGCCAAAACCGAAAAGACAAAAGACCGAAAAAUUAGGUGCAGGUCAAACAACUGAUACCCAGGAUGUCGACGACUCACCAGAAGACAAACGACGCCGGAAGGCAGAAGAAAGAGCUGCCAAAAGACAACGGAAAAGGGAAAGAAAAGACAAGGCCAAGCAGAAGCUGGAACGACAAAAGGCUAAGAAAAGGGAAGCGGAACAACUGGAUGACCCUCACAAGGAAGCCUUGAAGAAGGAAGGGAAGAAGGAACUAAAUCUCCAGAUUCCGGUUGAUCUUGAAGUGCCCACCCAACGAGACAGUCACCCUGGUGCAGCGUCGCCGUCCACCGCGUCUUCCGAGGACGAACCCGAAGAGGUCUUCUCUCCCCAGCACGAGUCCGGCACAUCUUCAACAUCAUCCAUUCAACCUACUUCACUCGAGGAACCCGUCAAGAUUAAACCUUCUGUUUCGCUCACUCCAACGACCGUGCCGUCAAGCAAAGACGAUAGCGACGCAAUGACCAAAACGCCCCGGGAACGGCUACAGGAAGCGCUUUCCCAAUUCCGCGCAGAGCGCAAGGCGGACGGUGGUGACGGUCGUCCCCCGAAGAACCGACAAGAGCUGUUGGAGCAACGACGUCGGAAGGAGGAGGCGAAGAAGGCCGCCAAGAAGGAACAAAAACGUCGAGAGAAGGAAGAAGAGGCUCGUCGUCAAGAUGAGGAGAUUGCGAGGCACUUCUCGCCCGGUGGCUCAGGCUCUCUGCUGGCGUCACCCCGGUCUCCCAUGCUCGGCGACAAUCGCAGCUCUUCUCCAACCUCCAACUCUGCCAAUAACUUCACGUUUGGCCGUAUCACUUUCGAAGAUGGCACACAACUCGAACCUUCGUCAACCUCCGCCGUGGAGGAACACAAAAAGAAAGGCGUCCGUGACACUGCCACAGAGCUCAAACUCGCGGAGGCCAAAAAGGCUCGUAUAGCCGGUCUCGACGAGGAGAAACGCCUUGACAUUGAACAAAAGGACAUGUGGUUGAACGCCAAACGACGCGCCCACGGCGAACACGUCCGGGACAACACUUCGCUGCUCAAGAAGGCACUCAAAAGGCAGCAGGGCCAGAAAAAGAAGAGCGAGCGAGAGUGGAAUGAGAGGUUGGAAGGUGUGAAGAAGGCUCAAGACACGAAGCAAAAGAAAAGAGCCGAGAAUUUGGCCAAGAGGAAGGAAGAAAAGGGUUCGAAGAAAGGAAAAGUCAAGAGGCCAGGCUUUGAGGGAAGUUUCAAAGGAAGGACAGGCGGGAAAAGGAAACCGUGA